AUGGCUUUACCCACCCGCACCGAGUUCUAUCGCGACCAUCUGGCGCCUUGUCGCAUUCUCCCAGGCACACCCAAGUUUGCAGACAUCGGUAUCUGCGUCGUCUGCCAAGAGGACUUCAACGAUGCGUCAUAUGACAUGGUCGCCGUCAAAAGCUGCUCCCACGUCUUCCACCGCAAAUGCAUCAUCCAAUGGACGGAGACCUGGGGCUCACCCCGCGACAAAUGCCCUUCGUGUCGCGAGGCAAUGUACCAGUACACGCCAAUGACGACCCAUGAGAUCCAGGCCAUGCAAGAAGCGCAAGCAAUCCAAGACGCUGAGAGCCGGCUAUCAGAAUUGGGCCCGUACGCUGCAGCGAGAGAAGCUGAGCGCCUCUGGUUCGCGUCCAUGGGAGUGUCGGUCGAAGAUCUCCCCGCCUUUGACGACAUGACUGAACCGACACACUUUUCUGAUGAUGACGGCGAAGAGAUUGCGACGUCAUGGGACAUGGACGUCAAUCCGAAUAUGUCGCUGCAAGUCCCGUCUUUGCUUCCGAAGAUGUCGCCAUCUAACCCCCUCGUACCUACCACCUCCGUCAGUGUGGAUGCUCCGCGUUCGCGCCCAACUUCGCUGGACGAAGUAGCACCAAUGACGCCCCGCCGUCGGUAUUCCAACGCCUCCGACAGCAGCAAUGACGACGAUCUAGAUGAUCUAUUCGAGGACGAGACUACCUGGGGCCUCAGCUUACCGCCUAUCCCUAAGUCCUCACCCAUCUCCUCACCUGACGACACCCAUGUCGCUGUUCCUCAGAAGCGCAAACGCGAUUCUGCUACCACCGACGACGACGCCUCCGACGACGCCUCCGACGACUCUGACGACUCUCCGCUAUCCAAGAAGGCCAGAAGCGCCGAUGAAGAGACAGACAAGAAGAACACGGGCAAAGAAUCCGAAGCCACUCGACGAUACCGCACCCUCGCCACCGCCGCAUCAUUGAAGCCAUCUACCAACAACGCGAACAAAUUCCUCGAUAGCAUGAGGAAGCAGCGCUCUAUUCCCACACCACGCUACGUCCCAACUGGCGCCGAGCGCCGCUCCGAAGUCAACGAGCUCGCAGCCAAGCACGUCCAGCACGUCGCCCCGGCCAUGCUCGCCAACAACAACAGCAAUCGCGACGUCGGCGGCGCGAUGACCAAGUUCGACUGGGCCGAGAAAAAUCGGGAGAUCAAGCCAGACCAAAUCAAGACGCCUGCUUACGCACUGCAGAAAUGGGUCGACGCGGACGAUGAACACAUAACCUGGUUCGUCAUUCCCGCUUCACACAAAUACAUCAACACGGGUAGCACAAUGGUGCCCAUCGCGGACAUCGUCGACAAAUCGAUCAUGUACCCAGAGUGGACGUUUGUGGAGGAGGUUUUGGGGCCGCAUUGGAAGACGGGGGUGGCGGUGGUUAAGGCGGUCAAGGUCAAGUAUGAGAAGCUGACGGAUGAGCAGAGUCUUGAGAGGAUGGAGGUUAUGGUUAAGCAGAAGGAGGAUGAGGUUAGGCAGGCGAGGAAGGAUGAGGCGGCGAGGAGGAGGAUGGAGAAGAGGGAGGAGAGGGCGAGGGCGCGAGAUGAGGAGGAUGUGUAG